GGGGGCGGGGAAAGGCCGGGAGGUGGGCGAGCGCGCGCGCCGCCUGUCUGUGGUGGUUUCCUGGCUGCGCGCGGCGGUGGCGGAGUAGCUACGGCUGUAGCAGCAGCCGCGAAGAUGGCGGAAGGGCUGGAGCGUGUGCGGAUCUCCGCGUCGGAGCUGCGCGGGAUCCUGGCUACUCUGGCCCCGCAGGCCGGGAGCAGAGGCUUCCGAAAGCUGCGCCACUGGAGGGAUCCGGGACCUCAGACUGCUCGGGUUUGGCCCUGGCAUGUGUGGGAGCAGUUUUUAUUAGAAUGCUCAAUUUGCAAGUUAAUUUCAAGUCUCCAGCCACGUCAGGAAAAAAACAUGAAGGAAUUAAAGGAGGCCAGGCCACGCAAAGAUAACAGGCGUCCAGAUCUGGAAAUCUAUAAGCCUGGCCUUUCUCGGCUAAGGAACAAGGCUAAAAUCAAGGAACCCUCUGGGAGUGAGGAAAUCAAAGAUGAAAUCGUUAAUGACCGAGAUUGCUCUGCUGUUGAAAAUGGUAUACAGCCCGUUAAAGAUGUCUGCAAGGAACUGAACAACCAACAGCAGAAUGGUCCUAUAGACCCAGAAAAUAAUCGGGGACAAGAAUCCUUUCCUAGGACUGCUGGACAAGAGGAUCGUAGUCUAAAAAUUAUCAAAAGAACAAAGAAACCAGACCUGCAGAUCUAUCAGCCUGGACGACGGUUGCAGACUGUUAGCAAAGAAUCAGCCAGUCGGGUGGAGGAGGAAGAAAUCCUCAACCAGAUAGAACAACUGAGAGUAGAGGAAGAUGAGUGUAGGGGAAAUGUUGCGAAAGAGGAAGUUGUGAAUAAACCAGACAGGGCUGAGACAGAAAAGAGCCCAGGUGGUGACAGAGUAAGGGCUGCAAAGGGAGAAAAAGGAAAGAGGGUUGAAAAAGGGGAGGGGAUGAGGAAAACCAAUGAUGACCCGGCCCAGGGGAAGCCAGGUUCUGCAAAGCGCUACUCCCGCUCAGACAAACGAAGGAAUCGCUACCGCACGUGCAGUACCAGCUCAGCUGGCAGCAACAACAGCGCUGAGGGAGCUGGCCUGACUGAUAACGGAUGUCGCCGCCGCCGACAGGAUAGGACCAAGGAGAGGCCACGACUGAAGAAGCAAGUGUCUGUGUCCUCAACCGAUUCCUUAGAUGAGGACAGAAUUGAUGAGCCUGAUGGAUUAGGACCCAGGAGAAGUUCAGAAAGGAAGAAACAUUUAGAAAGAAACUGGUCUGGCCGUGGGGAGGGCGAGCAGAAAAGCAAUGGUAAAGAAAAUCGAGGCACUCUUCAUGUCACUUUCGAUGCAGAAGCCAUGAACAAAGAGUCUCCCGUGGUGAGGUCAGCCAGGGAUGAUAUGGAUAGAGGAAAGCCUGACAAAGGCUUGAGCAGUGGGGGCAAAGGCUCUGAGAAGCAGGAGUCCAAAAACCCGAAACAAGAACUUCGGGGUCGUGGUCGUGGCAUUCUGAUUCUGCCUGCCCACACCACCCUAUCUGCCAAUUCAGCAGGUUCUCCAGAGUCCGCACCUUUGGGACCUCGGCUUUUGUUUGGAUCUGGUAGUAAGGGACCUCGGAGUUGGGGCCGUGGAGGCACCACACGCCGAUUGUGGGACCCAAACAAUCCUGAUCAGAAACCUGCUCUAAAGUCUCAGACGCCCCAGCUACAUUUCUUGGACACUGAUGAUGAAGUCAGCCCUACAUCUUGGGGUGACUCACGCCAGGCUCAAGCAUCUUACUAUAAGUUUCAAAACUCUGACAACCCCUAUUAUUACCCCCGGGCACCAGGCCCUGCCUCCCAGUAUCCCUAUAUGGGCUAUAACCCUCUACAGUACCCAGUGGGCCCUACGAAUGGUGUGUACCCAGGGCCUUACUACCCAGGCUACCCGGCUCCGUCAGGACAGUAUGUAUGUAGCCCUCUACCUGCCAGCACCAUGAGUCCCGAGGAGCUAGAGCAGCAUAUGAGGAAUCUGCAGCAACAGGAGCUGCACAGGCUUCUCCGGGUGGCUGACAACCAGGAACUGCAGCUCAGCAACCUGCUCUCCAGGGACCGCAUCAGUCCGGAGGGCCUGGAGAAGAUGGCGCAACUCAGAGCUGAACUGCUGCAGCUUUAUGAGCGCUGUAUUCUAUUAGACAUUGAGUUCUCUGAUAAUCAGAAUGUGGAUCAGAUCCUGUGGAAGAAUGCUUUCUAUCAGGUGAUUGAGAAGUUCAGGCAACUUGUCAAGGAUCCGAAUGUUGAGAACCCAGAACAGAUUCGGAACAGACUCUUGGAGCUCUUGGAUGAGGGUAGUGACUUCUUUGAUAGUUUGCUUCAGAAGCUGCAGGUUACUUACAAGUUCAAACUGGAAGACUACAUGGAUGGUCUUGCCAUUCGCAGCAAACCAUUACGCAAGACAGUAAAAUAUGCCUUGAUCAGUGCCCAACGAUGCAUGAUAUGCCAAGGAGAUAUUGCUAGGUACCGGGAGCAAGCCAGUGAUACAGCGAACUAUGGGAAAGCACGCAGUUGGUACCUGAAGGCCCAGCACAUUGCUCCCAAGAAUGGGCGCCCCUAUAACCAGUUGGCUUUGCUGGCAGUGUAUACGAGGAGGAAGCUUGACGCUGUCUAUUACUAUAUGCGCAGUUUAGCUGCCAGCAACCCUAUCCUGACUGCCAAGGAGAGUCUCAUGAGCUUGUUUGAAGAGACCAAGCGGAAGGCAGAGCAGAUGGAAAAGAAGCAACAUGAGGAAUUUGAACUGAGCCCUGACCAAUGGCGGAAAGGAAAGAAGUCUACUUUGCGGCAUGUUGGAGAUGACACCACUCGCCUGGAGAUCUGGAUUCAUCCAUCCCAUCCACGGUCUUCCCAGGGCACUGAGUCUGGGAAAGAUUCUGAGCAAGAGAAUGGGCUGGGCAGCCUGAGUCCCAGUGAUCUGAACAAAAGGUUCAUCCUCAGUUUUCUCCAUGCCCAUGGGAAGCUGUUUACCCGGAUUGGGAUGGAGACUUUCCCUGCAGUGGCUGAGAAGGUCCUCAAGGAGUUCCAGGUGUUACUGCAGCACAGCCCCUCUCCCAUUGGAAGUACCCGCAUGCUGCAGCUUAUGACCAUCAAUAUGUUUGCGGUACACAACUCCCAGCUGAAAGACUGCUUCUCGGAGGAGUGCCGCUCUGUGAUCCAGGAACAAGCCGCAGCUCUGGGCUUGGCCAUGUUUUCUCUACUGGUCCGGCGCUGCACCUGCUUACUUAAGGAGUCUGCCAAAGCUCAGCUGUCCUCUCCUGAGGACCAGGAUGACCAAGACGACAUCAAGGUGUCUUCCUUUGUCCUGGACCUGAAGGAGCUGCUCCCCAGUGUCAAAGUCUGGUCAGAUUGGAUGCUCGGCUACCCGGACACCUGGAAUCCUCCUCCCACAUCCCUGGAUCUGCCCUCGCAUGUUGCUGUGGAUGUGUGGUCGACGCUGGCUGAUUUCUGUAACAUACUGACUGCAGUCAAUCAGUCUGAGGUGCCACUGUACAAGGACCCGGAUGAUGACCUCACCCUUCUUAUCCUGGAAGAGGAUCGGCUUCUCUCGGGCUUUGUCCCUUUGCUGGCUGCCCCUCAGGACCCCUGCUACAUGGAGAAAACCUCGGAUAAGUGUCCCAGGGUAACCCGCAGAAGCAAAGACAAGUCCUCUCUGGAAAAAAGCAGCUUCAACUCAGGCCACAAAGGAUUCCCAUGGAUACAGUUCCAUGGAAAUCAGCCCACAGCCUUUAAUAUACUUAAAGUAAAUAAUUGUCAUUCCCAACAAAGCUAUCUUGUAAAGGAUAAACAAAGGUGACCAGGCAUGGUGGGUCAUGCCUGUAAACCCACCACUUAGGGAGGUCAAGACAGGAGGAUCACUUGAGCUCUGGAGUUCCAGACCCGGCUGGGAAACAUGAUGAGACCCCAUCUCUACAAAAAGAUUUAAAAAUUAAUGGCCAGGUGCUGUGGCUCACGCCUGUAACCCCAGCACGUUGGGAGGCCGAGGCGGGCAGAUCACCUCAAGUAAGGAGUUCGAAACCAGCCUGGUCUCGAGGUCAACAAGGUGAAACCCCGUCUCUACUGAAAAUACAAAAAUUCGGCCGCCCCGUCUGGGAAGUGAGGAGCGCCUCUGCCCGGCCACCCAUCGUCUGGGAAGUGAGGAGCGCCUCUGCCCGGCCGCCCUGUCUGGGAAGUGAGGAGCGCCUCUGCCCGGCCGCCCAUCAUCUGGGAAGUGAGGAGCGCCUCUGCCCGGCCACCCAUCAUCUGGGAAGUGAGGAGUGCCUCUGCCCGGCCACCCAUCGUCUGGGAAGUGAGGAGCCCCUCUGCCCAGCCACCCAUCGUCUGGGAACUGAGGAGCGCCUCUGCCAGGUCACCCAUCGUCUGGGAAGUGAGGAGCGCCUCUGCCCGGCUGCCCCGUCUGGGAAGAAGUUAGGAGCGCCUCUGCCCGGCCGCCCCGUCUGGGAAGAAGUGAGGAGCGUCUCUGCCCGGCCGCCCCGUCUGGGAAGAAAUGAGCAACGCGUCUACCCGGUCGCCCCGUCUGGGAAAUGAGGAGCGUCUCUGCCUGGCUGCCCUGUCUGGGAAGAAGUGAGGAGCGUCUCUGCCUGGCCGCCCCGUCUGGGAAGUGAGGAGCGCCUCUGCCCAGCCGCCCCGUCUGGGAUGUGGGGAGUGCCUCUGCCCGACCGCCCCGUCUGGGAGGUCUACCUCGGAGGCCAGAAGCAAUGUGGGGGCUGGACGUGGUGGCUCACGCCUGUGGUCCCGGCACUCUGGGGGGCCGAGGUGGGUUGAUCACUUGAGGCUAGGAGUUUGAGACCAGCCUGGCCAACAUGGCGAAACAUAUGAAAAAUACAACAGACAAACCAACCAACCAACUCAGUGACAACAAAACAGGUCUACCCUGGAGUCAUACUCUAAUUUUUUCUAUUUUCCUCCCUUUCUGAUCCUUUAUCCCACUUUCUUUUUCUUCCUCUUCCUUCUGCUUCUUCUUUGUCAAAUAGAGGAUUGAGUUAUUAUCACUGAUCCAUAUAAAGUCCCUCUCUCAUUUAUUUUAAUUCCCACCCCCCAUUUCUAUUCCCCAACUUCCCAUGUGCAACCUUCCUAAUAUGUUUAAUACGCAUCUUUUUGUUUGUAUGUAUUUUUAGAAAAUGUUUAUUGUUUUUGUGUGCAAAAAAAAAUUAAUAAAAAAAAAAAGAAAAUACAAAAAUUAGCUGGGCGUGGUGGCAGGCACCUGUAAUCCCAGCUACUCGGGAGCCUGAGGCAGGAGAAUCACUUGAACCCGGGAGGCGGACGUUGCAGUGAGCCGAGAUCACACCAUUGCACUCCAGCCUGGGCAACAAGAGUGAAACUCCAAUCUCAAAAAAAAAAAAAAAAAAAAAGCUGGCCGUGGUGGCAUGCGCUUACAGUCCCAGCUACUUGGGAGGCUAAGUGGGGAGGAUCCCUUAAGUCCAGGAGUUUCAGCCUUCAGUGAGCCAUGAUCCUGCCACUGCAGCCAAAACUGAUCAAAUUGUACACUUUAAGUAUGUGCAGUUUUAGUACACUUCAGUUAUACCCCAGUACAGUUGUGGAGAAAAAAUCUAAAAGAAUACUUUUAACCCCUUUAGCUUAAAAAGAUACAAUUUAUUAUUUACUAACUACAAAAUAAGAGUGAAGACAUUUUAAUACCCUUUUUAAAUUUUAAUCAAUUUAUUCAGAUGUAAUUCACAUUCCAUGAAGUUCAACCUUUUAAAAUACACAAUUCCGUUGUUUCAUUAUAUUCGUAGAGCAAUACAACAAUCACCACUAAUUUCAGAACAUUUUAUCACCUCAAAAAGAAACCCUCUACCUGUUGUGUUAUCUCCAUUUUCCCCUCUUCUAGCCCCUGUUAACCACUAGUUUACUUUCCGUCUCUCUAAAUUUGCCUCUUCUGCUUCUUUCAUACGAAUGGAAUCAUAUAAUUAUGUGGCCUUUUGUAUCUGGCAUCUUCUGGUUUGCUUAAUGUUUUAAGGUUCAUCCAUGUCACAGCCCAUAUCAGUACUUCAUUCCUUUUUAUGCCUGAAUCAUAUUCCAUUAUAUGGUAAUUCCACAUUUUGUUUAUCCAUUCAUCAGUUUCAUAAACAUUUAGGUUGUUUGCAUUUUUUGGCUAUUAUGAAUAAUGUUGAUGUGAACGUUUGUAUAUGAGUUUUUAUGUGGACAUAUGUUUUCAUUUCUCUUAGAUAUAUAUACCUAGAAAUAGUAUUGUUUGGUCAUAUGGUAAACUGUGUUUAACUGUUGGAGGAACUUCCACACUAGACAGUUUUCCAGAGCAACUGCAACAUUUUACAUUCUCACUAGCAGCAAAUGUAUGAGGGUUCAAUUUCCCUACAUCUUCACCAACACUUGUUAUUAUUGUCUUUUUUAUUAUAGCCAUCCUAGUAUGUGUGAAGUGGUAUCUCAAUUGUGAUUUUCACUUGCAUUUCUCAAUAACUAAUGAUGUUGAACAGCUUUUCAUGUGUUCAGUGGCUAUUGGUAUUUCUUUGGAAUACUAUUCAAAUAUUUGCCUACUUUUUUUUUUUUUUUUUUUUUUUUGAGGCAGAGUUUUGUUCUUGUUGCCCAGGCUGGAGUACAAUGGCGCAAUCUUGGCUCACUGAAACCUCCACCUCCUAGGUUCAAGCAAUUCUUCCGCCUCAGCCUCCCAAGUAGCUGGGAUUACAGGCAUGCACCACCACGCCUGGCUAAUUUUUUUUUUGUAUUUUUAGUAGAGACAGGGUUUCUCCAUGUUGGUCAGGCUGGUCUCGAACUCCUGGCCUCAAGUGAUCUGCCCACCUCAGCCUCCCAAAGUGCUGGGAUUACAGGCUUGAGCCACCACACCCAGCCGUAUUUGCCUACUUUUAAAAUUGGGUUGUCUUUUAUUGUUGAGUUGUAGGAGUUCAUAGAUAGAUAGAUAGAUAGAUAGAUAGAUAGAUAGCUUACAUUAAGUUGUAGGAGUUCAUAGAUAGAUAGACAGACAGGGUCUCACUAUGUUGCCCAGGCUGGUUUUGAACUCCUGGGCUCCAGUGAUCCUCCUGCCUUGGCCUCCCAAAGUGCUGGGAUUACAGGCAUGAGCCGCCAUACCCAGCCUUGAUUUGCAGGAGUUCUUUUAGAUUCUGGAUACAAGUGCUUUAUCAGAUAAAUGAUUUACAAAUAUUUUCUCCCUCCUGUGAUUUGAUUGUCCUUGUACUUUUUUGAAUGUUUUAAUUUUUACGAAGUCCAAUUAAUCUGGUUUAUUUUAUUUUGUUACUUGUGCUUUGGUGUUAUAAAGACAUUUUUAAACAAUAAGGACUGGGAGAAGCUGGUGCGCACCUGUAUUCCCAGCCACUUGGGAGGCUGAGACAGGAGGAUCGCUGGAGCCCAGGCACUGGAGUCCAGCCAUAGUGAGAUCCUGUCCCCCCGCCAAAAACAAAAUAGAGUUUAUCACCAAAUAUCCUCACUAAACAAAGUUUCUUCUACCUGAAGUACAUACUUUAGAAAAGUAUCCUAGAUUCCAAAGAAAUGGUGAACAAUGAUUGUAACUAUAAAAUUGGAUCAGAUUGAUUACAAAAGAACCAUAGAGUUAAAAGUUUCCUUAGAAGACAUCAGGGCCAGUCUUGUCAUCUAAUGAAAAAAUAGUCCUCCAGUGUUCUCAAUGGCCUCUGCUCCAGAUGCUUCCCCAGAAUUUACUCUAUUAUGAGACAGUCACUAUAAAAAGUUCCUCCUCAGACUGAGUGAGGUGGCUUGUGCCUGUCAUCUCAGCACUUUGGGAGGCCAAGGUGGGAGGAUCACUUGAGCCCAGGAGUUCAAGACCAGCCAUGCAACAUAGCAAGACCCUGCCUCUACAAAAAAUUGUUUAAAAAAUUAGCGGGUAUGGUGUGCACACCUGUGGUCCUAGCCAUUCAAGUGGCUGAGGCAGGAGGAUCACUUGAGCCCAGGAUUUCAAGGUUACAGUGAGCUGUGAUUGUGCCACUGCACUCCAGCCUGGGUGACAGAGCAAGACCGCUUCUCUAAAAGAAUAAAAAGUUCCUUCUCAAACUGAACACAGCCUGCCUUCCUGUAAUUCCCACUGAAUGAUUUUUAAAAAGUUUUCUCAAAAUCACAAAGUCUGUUUUUUCUAUAUCUGACACACCUUAGUUAUACUUGAAAUUCUCUUUACGUUUUCUUUUCUCUAAGCUAAACAAACUAGUGCAAUCAAAUAGAUUCUUGGCCAGUGCUGCAAAAUAUUAUAGGACUUUAUGUAAUGAUGCAGUGUUUAAUACUGUAAUGAUAGAAAGUUACUAUUUCUGCACCAUCCUGUAUUGUAGCCACUGGCCACAUGUGACUUUUGAAUACUUGAAAUGUGGCUAGUGCAACAGAAAAACAAAUCUUCAUGUAAUUAAAUUGAAAUACCCACAUGUGGUUAGUGGCUACUGUGUUAAACUGCAAUUCUAGAUCAUUCUCCUGGCAAGAUUUCUCUGUGCCACUACCAGCAGCAUCAGAUUCACCUGGGAACUUGUAAUGUUUUAGGGCCUACCUCAGCCUUUUGAAUCAUAAACACUUGAGGGUGGAGCCCAGCAAUCUCAUUUAACAAGAUCUCCAGGUGAUUCCAAUGCACUAAUACUUGAAAGCCAAUUCCAGUUUGUCGAGGCUUCUGUAAAAAGCAGUGCUCAGACAAGGUCUGACAU